UGAUCAUUGUGGAAAGACAAUUAAAAGCAUCAUAACAUAAGCUCAUAACUGCUUUGAUCUACAAGAUGUGUAGCAAAUAAAUCUCAUAAUAAUAAGAAAUAGACAUACAACUUUUCUUGUUUGAACAUUGCUUUGUUUCUUUUGUUUGAUUUUUAAAAUCUCCCAUUGCAGGAAUUUCAGUAGAUUAAAAAUAGUUUGAGAUGCUUGGCAUAACUCCCAGAAUUUCUUACAAACUGACAUUUUAGUACCCAAUUAAUUUAAUGAAAGAAAUUUUCCUUUAACUCAUAUAGAGGAACUGAUUUUAUAUGCUUUAAAUUAUUAGAAGGUGUAGGAUUUUUCAACAUCAAACAUUUAAAAUAUUUAGAGAUAGUUUGUUACUUAGGUUACUUCAGUGUUGAAACAAUUAACACUGAAUUAACUACAAAUGGUUGAAAAUAAGCAUGGACCUAUUUUGAGCAAAGAUUGUUUUAUUAUUGCUACAGAUGUAUAAUAGUUGAAGUUAUUGUUAUCAGUAUCUUUAUUCAACAAUUAUCAGUUGAGAAUGAGAUAUCAGGUCCCAGAUUUGUUUCCUCUCUCUAUCUGGACGUCAAAGAUAACCAAAUUUUGCUAUGCUUUUUGUGAUUAAUGCAGAAAGUAAAUUAUAGACUUUUAUUUUGAAGCAAUUUCAAACGUGUGCAUAAUCAUUGAAUGUUUAAGUAUGCUCAUAUACUGCAUGAAAGGAAAACUAAGAAAGAUUUUAGGACCAUUUAAAAGAGACAUUUGGACUUAGAAGAUAAAAAAACAUACAUCUUUGGGAUGGAACAUGAAUGGAACACCACCGAGAUCCCACCUAACAAUCUAAACAAUUCAGAGAAUUUCUCUAUUUUCCAUCAAAAAGGAGGAAAUCAAUCAAUUACUACAGAAUUUAUCCUCCUGGGAUUUGGUAACAUCCUUGAAUUGCGAAUAAUCCUCUUCAUAUUAUUUCUUCCUAUUUAUACUUUGUCCAUUGCUGGAAAUCUCCUAAUUGUUUCAUUGGUUGUGAUUCAUCAGCAUCUUCAUACCCCUAUGUAUUUCUUUCUUGUUAAUUUGUCUUGUUUGGAGACAUGUUACAUUUCAACCAUUCUGCCCAGGAUGCUAGCUAGUUUUAUAACUGGAGAUCAGUCUAUUUCUGUCUAUGGAUGCAUCAUACAAUACUAUUUCUUUGGAUUUUUUGCAGCCACUGAAUGCUACCUUUUAGCAAUGAUGUCUUAUGAUCGAUAUUUAGCAAUAUGCAAACCAUUGCAUUACAACAUUCUCAUGAAUGGUAGAUUCUGCCUCCAAUUGGCCCUCACAUCUUGGAUGAGUGGCCUUUUGACCAACACUAUCAUAACCUACUUUCUGCUGAAACUUAUCUUCUGUGGGCCCAAUGAAAUUGAUCAUUUCUUUUGUGAUAUAUAUCCAGUAGCAAACAUUUCAUGCAGCAAUACACACUUAGUAAAGCUUGCUACAUUUAUUUUAGGCAUUAUGGGAACAGGUCCACCCUUUCUCAUAACAGUGGCCUCAUAUAUCUAUAUUCUUCAUAAUGUAUUGCAAAUUAAUUCUAAAACUGCCCAACAGAAAGCUUUUUCCACAUGUUCAUCUCAUCUGAUUGUAGUGACACUUUUCUAUGGGUCAAUAUUUCUUGUCUAUAUAAUUCCAGAGACUGAAACACUAAAAGAUUUACAUAAAACCUUUUCUAUAUUCUAUACUGUCCUGACUCCUAUGCUCAACCCUCUUAUCUACAGCUUAAGAAACAGAGAGGUGAAGGAAGCUCUUUUAAAAGUAAUUAGAAAACAUAGCAACAAAAUUUCAUAAUCUCAUAGAGCUAUAAAAAGGUUUUGGUUAGAUCAGGAUAUCCAGAAAUGAUUUUUUUCCUGCUUUCUAAAUAAAAUGACCUGAUGAGCAGAUUACUUCUUAGCAUGUUUAUAUGUAUGUAUGUGCAAAUAUAUAUUUAAAUAAUGGGAAAAAAAUUAAGAAGUGCUCAAGUAUUUUUCCUGCUUUUAAAUUUUCAUUUUGUUGGAGACAUGUAACAAUGUAAAUCUGCAAAGUGGUAUGAUCCAGAAAUCAAUUUUUCAUUCUUUAUCUGCAAGAAAUGGUCAGUUUGCCACCCUCCUAAAGACACUCACAUGUUAGUGUUCUUUUUUGUGGAGUCCAGAAGUUCAAGGACAGCCUAAAUGAGUGGUCGCCAAAGUGUAUGUGUGAUACAAAAUAAAGCAAUAUCUUCCUUUUUUUCUCUUCAGUCUCCCAUUACAUUUCCUUUUUUUUUGCUGAAUUUUAUCUACUCUGUGUUUCCCAACAUCCACAUACAUAAAAUUUUAUAUAGUGGACUUUCACAACUUUCUAUCUUCAAGAUGAUUUUGUAUUAUUAUUAUUCCUCAUAUCCCU